AGUCACACCUGAAACAGGAAGUAAAGUAAAGGUGUUACACUGAAACACGUCAUUGAACACCAGAUCAGUUCUUCAUAAUCCUCACAGAUGCGCGUUAUCGAUCACUGGACUCGUCAUUUGGAGAAUAUGCCUGAUUCGGAAGCGAGAGCAACAUGUGUUUGCAGCACACACACCACACAGGAGCUCCUGCACUGAAACACACCCCCGUCAGACGCCAGCAUGCAGCAGUCGAGGUGUUUCCAUCAUCCGCCCGCGGGCCUGAGCCGGGACACACACGACCCGCAGACCAAGGUGGACUUCUUCCGUAAGCUGGGCUACUCUCCGGAGGAGGUGAAGGACGUGCAGAGGAAGCUGGGACUGGGGACGGACACCAACGCUGUGCUGGGAGAACUGGUGCGGUCCGGGGCGAAGUCCGUGCCCUCCCCCUGCUCCGACAGUGAUGAUGGGUUGCCCCAGUGGGGGGGGAGCUCAUCCCGGGGACAGGGGUCAACGCUGGAGGACAACAGUGAGCCCGAAAGUGACCUGAAGCCGAUAGUCAUUGAUGGCAGUAACGUGGCCAUGAGUCAUGGGAACAAGGAAGUGUUUUCAUGCCGUGGGAUUGAGCUGGCAGUUAACUACUUCCUUGACCGAGGACACAGAAAUAUCACUGUGUUUGUGCCUUCCUGGAGAAAAGAGCAGCCCAGGCCUGAUGUACCUAUUUCAGAUCAGCAUAUUUUGGAAGAGCUGGAAAGGAAGAAGUUUCUCGUGUUUACACCUUCACGGAGGAUUGGAGGAAAGCGCGUGGUCUGCUAUGACGAUCGCUUUAUUAUCAAGUUAGCUCACGACCUGGAUGGCAUCAUAGUGUCGAACGACACGUAUCGUGACCUGCAAAGUGAGCGCCCGGAGUGGAAGCGUUGCAUUGAGGAGAGAUUGCUUAUGUACUCCUUUGUAAAUGACAAGUUCAUGCCGCCUGAUGACCCACUCGGCCGUCACGGACCCAACUUGGAUAAUUUUCUUCGGAAAAAAACAUUGUUGCUUGACCACAAGCGCCAACUCUGUCCAUAUGGAAAAAAGUGCACAUAUGGGAUCAAGUGUAAGUUCUACCACCCAGAGCGCACUAACCAGUCACAGCGCUCUCUAGCCGACGAGCUUCGAGAGAAUGCCAGACUGUCUGGAUCUAAAGAGGACAGCAGAAUAACUGGGAGAGGCAUGUACCCAAGAAAUGACCCCGAGUUUGGGUCCAGUUCUCCCUCCUUGGAGCAAGAACUUGAACAGAAGCUCAAAUUGGAGCCAGAGAGCUCUGACAGCAGGGGUGUCAUGCUCAAUUACUGGGAUGAUAUUUUGUCCAUGAAAAAGCCUUUAAAUAGAGCCCCAGUGGGACAGCGCAGUCCUCUGGUUGACAGAACCAGUAUGCAAGCACCUUUCCCAACAAACCCUUCGUCCAUUUUCAGUUCCGACUCUGGGCUUGGAUCCUAUGAAAGCCCGUUUUCAGAGCCAUCCAAGAGCAUUGACGACUCGCAUAGGAUGAGAUCGAGUCAUCCGCCUUUGUCCGGUAUCCCUACCACACCUGUAGGCGGCCAGCGCUACUACGACAACAUGAGCCCUUACUCCAACUUUCAUCACAACUAUAGUGCCUACAGCUCCCUACCUCUUGCCCACCCUGCCCAGAGUUACAGUCUUCCUGCUUAUGCGGGCUGGUCUUACCCUCUCUACUCACCACAGGCGAGCAGUUUACCCGAACCUUUACCCUGCCCUAGCUCGCACAGGUCUUCCAAUGGCUACGGAAGCCAGCAGCACUCAGCCAUGCCACAGUCCAGCACUUUCCAGGAAGAAAGAGAGGAGGUCAGGAAGAAGCUUCAUGCAAUUUUUAACCCACAUCAUGUAAACAAAGUUAUGGAAAUGUUCCCACAGCUGAAAGACGCACAACAGAUGGCUGCAGAGAUUCUCAAACUCAAGUCCAGGGGAGACUUCUUUUAAUUUCUUUGAAACUUUGGGACCACGAAAAGGGCAAUGCAUGAAUAGUCUCUCAAAAGAAAGAAUCAUCUCAGAAGCCGAUAACUUCAUGGGAAGUGGUCCGACAUCUAGAUCUUCGGCAACCCGAGUUUGAGU